UACAGCAGGUCCACCCAGCUCGACCUGACCAUGUUGGACGGCCUGAAGAUGGAGGAAAACUUCCAAAGCGCCAUCGAGACCUCGGCCUCCUUCUCCUCGCUGUUGGGCAGAGCGGUGAGCCCCAAGUCUGUCUGCGAGGGCUGUCAGCGGGUCAUCUCGGACAGGUUUCUGCUGAGACUCAACGACAGCUUCUGGCAUGAACAGUGCGUGAGGUGCGCCUCCUGCAAAGAGUCCCUGGAGACCACCUGCUUCUACCGAGACAAGAAGCUCUACUGCAAGUAUGACUACGAAAAGCUGUUUGCUGUCAAGUGUGGGGGCUGCUUUGAGGCCAUCGCACCCAGUGAGUUUGUGAUGCGGGCCCAGAAGAGCGUGUACCACCUGAGCUGCUUCUGCUGCUGUGUCUGUGAGCGGCAGCUCCAAAAGGGCGAUGAGUUUGUCCUGAAGGAGGGGCAGCUGCUCUGCAAAGGGGACUAUGAGAAGGAGAGGGAGCUGCUCAGCUUGGUGAGCCCAGCAGCCUCUGACUCGGGCAAAAGUGACGAUGAGGAAAGUCUUUGCAAGUCAGCCCACGGGACAGGGAAAGGAGCCUCUGAGGAUGGUAAGGACCAUAAACGCCCUAAACGUCCCAGAACCAUCUUGACGACCCAACAGAGAAGAGCAUUCAAGGCCUCAUUUGAAGUAUCCUCCAAACCAUGCCGGAAGGUGAGAGAGACACUGGCUGCAGAGACAGGGCUGAGUGUCCGUGUGGUUCAGGUGUGGUUCCAGAAUCAGAGAGCGAAGAUGAAGAAGUUGGCCAGACGGCAGCAGCAACAGCAGCAAGAUCAGCAGAACACCCAGAGGCUGAGUUCUGCUCAGACAAAUGGUGGCGGGAGCAGUGGGAUGGAAGGGAUCAUGAACCCCUACACCACUCUGCCCACCCCACAGCAGCUCCUGGCCAUUGAGCAGAGUGUGUACAGCUCAGACCCCUUCCGACAGGGGCUCACCCCACCCCAGAUGCCUGGAGACCACAUGCACCCCUAUGGUGCUGAGCCCCUUUUCCAUGACCUGGAUAGUGACACCUCCCUCAGUAACCUGGGUGACUGUUUCCUAGCAACCUCAGAAGCUGGACCCCUGCAGUCCAGAGUGGGAAAUCCCAUUGACCACCUGUACUCCAUGCAGAAUUCUUACUUCACCUCUUGAGUCUUCCCCUUGAAUUCCAUGGCUAGGCUCCCAAAUGGAACAACCGUAUUAUGUGAGGGGUCGGCUGGCAUUAGAAUGGGGAGGCCGAGAAAGAGGUGGGUUGGGGAGGGAGUUUUGUCGGGGAUGCUGUUGUAUAAUGAUAUGAUGUGACUCGGCAUUUCCAAAGACUGAAUACAUUAUGGAUUGCAUAGUUUAAUGUUUCUAAUAAGAGUCUUAGCGUUAGAUAUGAAGAUGUGUUUAUCAUUAAGGACAGGGACCUUUAAUAUAGACAUUCUCAUGCAAACUAGAUUCCUAGAGACUCCUAACAACUUCCCACCAUUCUGGGGAAGCUCUUGUCAAGAGGUGCACACGUCUAUCCAUCUAUACACCCGUAGACAGACUGAAAGAUAGAUAGAUGUGUGUGAGUGUGUAACCUUUCAUACUUUAUCAUCAAAGUUUAUUCCUAAUUAUAACAGAUGUCAACUGUACAGCAAAAGUAACUUUAUUUUCAGUGUGAACUAUAUUUAAGGAAAUGCUUGAUGCACUUAAGUUAUAAAAUGAGAUGAUUUACUUUUAUAAACUUUAUUUUUAGUUUGGAGAGACUUGCUGGCAGGGCAGAGAGGGCUGUUCCACCUAGCCCCAUAGCUUUGAGUGCUUGAGUUCCUUCUGUUUUCCGAGACUAUUGUUGAGGUCUGGAAAGUAACUCUGUGGCUGACAGUGUUCUCUCGUGGGCCCCUGCUCUCUGUGGGGUUGAAUCACUGGGCAUGAACAGGGCAGAACAAUCCCUAAUCGUAUUCUUAGAGAAUUCAAAAGUCCAGACUCCUGGGCUUUCCUCUUAAACUCUGGUUUUUGGACAACAAUAGAAAAGUCAGCUGUGCUCUUGAUCUCCAGCAUCUUCUGGUGUGGGAUGAGGCUAAUAGAAUGUACCUACCUCACUGGGCAAUGCCAAGGCUUCAUUCACCCCCAGGACAGAUGAGCAAGGGGGAGACAAAUACCUAAUAUAGUCAGAAUCCAACUAAAUCAGUCUCUUGGCAAAGGAAAUCGCUAAGGCUGUUGAGUUGGAGAGCUCCUCUGCCUUUAGAGCGCCAUUGCCCGCCAGAGUCCCUGCUGCAAAGCCUGGGCUGCCGAAGUAGCAGCUAGAGCAGCUCAGAGGGGUGUGAGAGUCCUUAGGUGGGGAAGAGACUAAGGCUAAGUGGGUGAAGGAGGGCAUUGUGGCGUUCUAGAGC